CUGAGCUGCGGUUUUGAUGAUGGUCUGGCGCCUCCUUCUGGCCUUCGGCGGACUGCUGUGUGGGGCACAGGUUGCUCCGGCCGACAGGCAGCAGCUCCGUUUGCGAGAAGACUCCGUGGGGCAUGGUGUGCGUGAGGCAUCUGCCAAGCUUAAGGUCAGCACCAAAUCAAUGAUCCUUCGGGCAAUCCAGACGGCUCGGGAGAGCGGCAGGAGGGAGUUAGAUAGCGCGUUUGUCGAGGCGGGCCUGACCAAGGUGGAGUUCGACGUCAGCGACACCCUCAGUACGCUGACACAGACUCUCUGGGCGGCAGAGGUGACCCCUCAGCAUUACACACGCCGCACUGAUCAUGAAUAAUGCUCUCUGAAAAUGCUUGUUCGUGCCAGGGAGCGCCAGACCUACCCAGGCUGCUCUUUCCACCAGGUAUAAUAUGACUCUGCGACACCAAGUGGCAUGUCUGUGGUGGAUGUGACUGCAGCUGGCGAGCAGGAGGGGGACGAAUGUGAAGUGAUUGAUGUGGAACCCCCCGAAGUGAUUCCUGCCGACGGCGUGCGGACAAUCACCAUCGAAAACCUGGUGAGCAACGUACAGGGCGAAUUCGGGUCACUCCUAGUUGGGCGUCUGCGUGCCUUUUGUCUGGUUUGUGCAGUCGCAGCUACAGGACGCUGGGGCCAUUGUGGUCGCCACAAACAGUCUAACAGGCGACGCUGAUAUCUCUGUCGCCAUCGACGGGUAAGAAGGAAGAGCCGAAGACAUGACGGGGCUGGCGGAAAGCGCGAGACUCAUUUCAUUGUGCGUCCGGUCAUGCGCACACGAAUGCAGCUUCUUUGUGGGCGGCAGCAGUGUUCCGAGCGAUUACGACCCAGACGUGUAUGAGGAUGUAGCCGUCGUGCCGCUAAUCGGCGAGGAGCUGUUCAUCGUCAUCUUCCCAUUCACUGAUGAAGACGCAGACGUGGUCAGCUAGUAACUAGCUACCUAGCCAACCCUCAUGCCUCUUUCCAUCUUUCUCUGUGUGUGUGUGUGGCCGUGUUCAGGAGGUGUCCGUGUGGCUGGUCGACGCGGGGUAUCCCCUGGGUGAGGUGUGCGUCAGUCCCGUAGCCACAUCGUCCGAUCUCUUCCCCGGUCCCGACGGCACCUUCCCACCGCCCGUCACCGCUCCAGGCCCUGGACCUCCACCACCUGCAGAUGACUACGAAGAGCCCGACCGUGUAGAUGAUGACGAUGAUUUUGAUGACCGUUUCGGAUGAGAUGCCGGCUAGAUUUCGACACCGCAGACAGUGUGUUUGCAUUUCUGUGGUCCUGAAGUAUCAUUGGUGGGCAAAUAGCCCGUCAUGAUGUGCAUGCUUAAUAAGGCAGGCCGAUUGCUGACGUGAGUCGUGUCAUUGCGCUUGGUCAAGGACAGAUGGAGAGGAUAAAUGAAGGGAGUGUUGAUGAAGGAAAAGAAAUACACUAUGCUCCGCCGUGCUGCUCUUCCUUUUAAAGAAUCGCCCCCAGCUUCACACGUGCACAAACAUGACGAGCCAAUUACGGUCGUAUGCAGCAAAAAGAGAGA